AUGAUUGCGGCGACCUUCUGGACUCAUUCGCCGCGUUAGAGCUAGACAAGGAACCCCGGCUCGAGAACAACGCCGGUGCCCUGCCUGCAGCACAGUCGAACAGUGUACCAGCAGAGUUGACCGAUGCGCUCGGGGCUCUCAGGAUCUCGGAUCUCGCUGAGAACGAUGCUAGCAACCGUGUGCUCGGGGAUGUCGACGCGCCGGCGUCCAUAACACGGUUCCCUACCGAGCUCCUGGAGCACAUCUUUGCGCUGGCAGCUCUAUCCACUCCGCGGAUCGGGCCCCAUGACCUCCUUCCGGUCCAUCCAUCAUUCCAGAUAUCCGGAGUGUGCCAGCGAUGGAGGUCGAUCGCCCUCGGGAUGCCCGCGCUCUGGGAAGUGGUCGAUCUGUCUGACGAUGCCGAGGCGACGACACUACGGGCACGCUUGGUUUUGUCCAGAUCUCGGAGCCGCGAGUUGGAGGUGCGUGUGGCGCACGAUAUGCUGGUCAUCGCCAACGAUCUAUUCGGCGCCUCUCGAGCGUUCGACAGGAUCCGUGCUCUGGAUCUCUGGAGUCCGAAAACUGGGCUCAUUCCGAGCGCACCCGAUCUCGGCGCUGAACCGCUUGAAGUCCUCCUGAGGUGCUCGACGAACGUGCAGACAGCUUUCAUGUCGGCCAAGUUCCUCCUGCGCUUCGGCGGGUUUGCAGACUGGCCGCCCAUCUCUUUUCCUUGCUUGGAGAGCGUGCAUCUGUAUACCAUGGCUGUCGACCCGCAGAGCUUUGAUUACACGUUGCGCCCGCCCGUCCCAGAUCUCCCUCGGCGUCGAUAUCCGCUACUAGGCAAGAUCGCGCUACCGCAGAACGCUCGGAUCGUUCUGCACAACGACGAGCUGAGCCCGUACCCCGUCCGACUGGUCGAUAUCCGCAACUUCUUCCGGGACGACGAGCCCGUCAAGACGGUACGAAGCCUCCGGCUCGUCAACAUACGUACGCGGGACGCCUUCGGCGGCGACUUGCGAUUCAUACGGACGAUGGUGGAGUCGAUGCCGAACAUCUCCGAGCUCGCCUUCGUCUCGUGCGACGAAGUGAACGAGUUCAAGCAGCUGUCGCAGGGGAUCGUGUUGCUGGUCUAUCUCCACCUCGAGGACCUGCAUCGGCGGAGCGAGGGCGUGCCGAGGCCGCGCGCGCAGGCUUGGCCGCUGCUCUCGACCUUGACCAUUCACGGGACGAACAUCAGUCCGCAGUGGCUUCGCCAGUUCCUCGAUAUCCGGGCGGAGAUCGAGUGUCCGAUGAGAGUGCUCCGGCUUUCUGCCGCCACGGUCGGAAAUUGGAGAGAGUGGGAGCUCGAGCUGUUGCGCAAAGUCGUUACCGUCGAGGUUCUCGACGACUCUGAAGGCGGAUUCGAUGGUAUCUAAACGUGUCUUCAUUUCGGCAUCAUUUAGGGCGACGAUUAAGCUACGAGAUUUCAUAUGCUCUAUCCGCAAAUGGAGAUACUACAGGGUGGCCUUAUAUAUAUUCUCCCUCCGGCUCGGAUCUUGCAUGACUACAUCCCGCGCCCAGACUUCAGAGGUACGAGCGAGCGUUUUAACCUCGACAAAGGCGUCACAAGGUAUUCCUGCCUGCGCGUACGACAGAUCAUGAAUCGGCUCUCCGCAUGGCCCAUAAUUUGGAAUGCAUGGACACGUGGUCACGUUCGAGCUGGUCGUGAUUUUACGGGUGCCCCCACGAGUUUGCGACCGAGCUCACGGGAGCGCACAUGGAUGGGCUCGGCAAACCCGAUGUCGAGCGCGUUGUCGUUCGACCCCGUCUUCUGCGAAGGAGGAACUGUGCCCCCCCCCCCCCCCCGGGCGGAUCUUGCGCCGAAUGUGGCAAUGAGUGGCCGAAUCCUCGGCUUUGGGACGUUGCUUGAGACGGGGCAACGGUCGAACGAGAGACACGGUACGCAAUCGUUGGUUGCGUGCGAGGGUAUGGAAUGCAGUCGACGGGCGGGCUUGUACCCUGCGGCGUGGAAUGCACUCCCUAUAUAGUGACCUGAUCGAGGAGCUUACCUUUAUCGCGCCUUAGCAUAUACCAUCGAGGGCAACUCGUUCGGCAAGAUAAGCUGCCGUCUUUGAAGAUGGGUCCAAAGAUGGUGCCAUGAGAGGGGGAACGAGUUCCUUACUUGUCCGUAGUUAGUGCCGGAUGAUAACGCGUCGUCACUACGGUCGAAAUAUCACUAAAUAUCAC